AUGAUCAUCGUGAACAGUACUUCUUUCCGCCAUUGGUAUCUUCGCUUCUGGUACUGGUAUGUUGAAAUCUUCUCGAAUCUUGAGUGCACAUUCAUCCCUACUGGCUUUGCCUCCGCAUGCUGGACGCGGCCUGCUAUUGCUAUCGGGAUCUUCGGUUCGAAAAUUUCGUCACGUUUCACGGGUAAUCCUCGCCCCCCUCUUUCAUCCGUUGGCUCUUUCUCGCUUUUGUCCCCUGGUAUAUUAUCAAUUGGUACAUACUCGCUUUUGUCCCCUGGUAUACCUCAACUGAGAAAGAAAAAUCCACGUUGGAUAAUAAGAAAUCAGGUUAUGUCUGGUUUUUUUGUGCACAAUCUGAGGCAUGAAUCUGAUGCCGAUGACCUUUGUGGUGAGGAUAAAUUGAAGGUCGUGGUUGAUAAGGAGGGUAAAUUGAAGGUCGUGGUUGAUAAGGAUGAAUUGGAACUCUUUGAACAUGAGUUAAUUAAGGGUGAUGUGGACAUGUCAUACUUGAAAGACUUCUGGCCUAACGUGUUCCUUCGCGUAACUGAUCUGGAUUUUUCUAACUGGUUUAUUCAAUUCUAUAAGCAUGGCGAUAUUCUUAUCAAUUUUUGUGCUAAACAGCUUAAUGACUUACUUAUGCCCAUACUGAGAGUUAUCCCUAGAGUGAAGCUUUACCAUCAUAGGGGGUCUCUAUUAUUGCAUGUCCGCGAAAUUCACGUACCAUUCUCGGCUUCCGGUGAGCUACUCCAUACUGUUUCUGGUGACCUUAAUUAUAAGAAAAUGGUACCAGAUGUGAAACGAUUUCACAAGAACGUGCAAUAUCAUACCCCAAACCCGGCGGAGAUGGAGAUGGCAAAAACCCGGAGUUUAAGGAGGGAAGAGGCUGCUAAACGUAAACUCCCUGAAGUACCCAAAAGGUUGAAAAAGGCCUCCAAAGCCCAACUCCCUAAAGUCCCCAAAUCUUCUACACCUAAGGUCCCUGCUGCUGAACUGAAGUUGUUUGAGAUUACGUUGAUACGUGGUGGUAUUUCCCUUUCUUUGUUAAUGGACUAUUGGCCAAAUACAUUUCUGGACUUAAAUGCUUAUGUGGAAUUCUUAUAUGAGUGGUAUGAGCACUGGUGUUUGCAACACAGUAAACAUAGAGGUGAUAUAUGUUCUCGUCCCGUUGAUUAUUUGUUGGGAACAAAAGAGCUGCAUGAUAAGGUUAUAAGGGAUCUUAAUCUUCUUCCUCAUGAUAAAGUGAUGUCAUUAAGUUGGUUUAAAUCUUUUUUCAAAUUUGACUGUGCCCUCAUGUUGUACAAUUAUCGUGGUUCAAUCAUACUGCGUGUCCGGGAGAUACUUAUCCCGUUUUCGGUAUCGGGAGAACUUAUCAAGACUGUUGUUUCUGCUGGAGUUCAAUGUAAAGUUGAUGACGAUGGAUGGAAGGUGUUGAAGAACGCUGGCUUAACCGAGUCCCUGGAGGACACGGCUGAUCCUCCGACAUUUGAUCCCAGUGACAGACUACUUUUGAAG